AAACCUGCGAAUCACUCCAUACUUCCAGCACGAUUACGAUUUCUUGAGAGUCCUAGCAACUCGGAAAAUCCGACCAACUUGUCAAACAUUACCUAGAAUUGGGCUUAAAAAUCACGGGCGUUCGCGUCAAACACGCUAUGUAAUCAGGUCCCAAGUAAACACUCCACUCAACAUUCAAAAUUGAUUUGAGAAAAUCAGCUUGUUGGGCAAUCAACAUGGCGCAAUCUCACAGCGAGGUUCUGGACGCUCUUUUGGAUACCCAAGCUUCUCACGAGCUUUCCAUUAUCAAACUCAGCGAACCAAUUUCGGGACCACUGAAGCAAAAUGGCGCAGAACGUACAUCUGACGUAUCUGCGGAGGUUUUUGAGAAUCCAACUCCGGCAAGUUUAGAAGCAGAUCUGGCACAUUACAAGGAACUCUUCUCGAAACUCCGAUUCUCCUACCUCGAACAAGUCACCAAAGAGAAAUUUAUACGCGCAAUUGUUGGCGAUCCACCCCUGGUAGUAGAACACCAAGAGAACGUUGAGCUCGAGGAGUCACUCGCUGUCGCAAAGGCGGCGUUAAAAGCACAGAAGACAGAAGUUGCAGAGCUGGUGGCAGAGUUGGAAGCAAGAGGUCGAGAGUUAUGUCGAAAGUACGAGAACAUUCAGAUGGAGACAACACAGUUGCAAGAACUGCCAGCGAAGAUUGGAGCUUUGCAAACUAGUGUUGAGGAACUGAAGGCAGCCCAACAGCCGGGUUCAAAUCCGACAUUGAACCUGCCUCUGGAGAAGACUCUGGCGUUGGUGGAAGAACGCGAAAGGGAGAGAGCGGAAUUGGAUAGGCAAUUGGAGCAACUUCAGGUUAUGGUUCCAAGAAAAACCAGGGAAUUAGAGAGGCUGAGUGCUGAAUUGCAGCCCCUGGAGGUCAAGAGACUUGGAAGUACCGCUUCGGCUAGAGAAGCCAAGAGAAGGAAGGAGGAGGCCCUUGGCGGUGUUGGAGACGAUUUAGAGGAGCGAGGCAGAUGGUGGAGAGGUGUCGAAAGUGGAUUGAAAGGCAUGCUAGGCGUGGAGGGUUAAGUUGGGUUGUUUGAGGAGUAAUGGUGAGGGAAUACCAGAGGAUCAGGGGUCAGGCGUUCUGUGACAUUGUCUCGAAAUGUUUCCAUGGUUUCUGGCGUCAGUAGAAAUGUAUGUUCGAGUCUCCUUUCGAACGUUUCACACAAUUCGUAAGAGAGAGGAAAGGUACUUGUUGAUCCAUGGAGAGAAUGGCCGUUGAGCACUCAUGCUUACCUUCCCAAUAUAUGGUCGAUUAUCGUCAAUUGAUAACAUUGUG